AUGGCUCGAACAAAUCUAUCUGUUAUGCCAGAUGUUAAUAUAUGUCUUCGAGAUGCCAUGGAUGCUAUGUUUAACAAUGGUAAUCAGAAUAAAUUAAAUAACAAUAAUCAUACAGUUAUGACACCGGAUGACAGUGAUGCAAUUAUCGAUGUCGUCAAUGAUGAUGACUCGUCAUCAAUAGAAGCUUUACAGUCGUCGAUUAAUAAAAGGAAAUUAACAAAUACAACAGUUAUAAAUCAUGAACAUCAAAAUGAUGGUUCAAAACGUUUAUGCACAACGGAUAGUCAUCAUUAA